UACCAUCAGUGCGUCAGCAGCGAGCUUGAGCUACCGAGAGCCCACCACCCCUCAUCCUCUCCUCCACCGACCGGAGCUCGCCAAAACCUCAGACCCCAACCACGCCGGCGUCCACAGAAAGGAGGUGAGCCGAGGAAGGAGGGAAAGAAGAUGGAGGCCCUCGUCUCCACCGCCCGCGGUGCCGCUCCCCUGUCCUUCGCCAGCGUCCGCCGCCGCCGACUGCCCCAAUCUGUGGCCGUCCGCGACCCGGCACCAGGCUGGCGGUGCCGGUGCGCCAGGCCGGCCGCGCCUGACCCCGUGCCGUCCGAGGAGCCGGCGUCUGCGUCCGGGACCACCGUCGUCGUCGCGGACAAGCCUGCAGAGGAGCCUGAGGUGGGAGCGGUUUCUGAUGGAAGCGGCGGCGCUGUGGAGGCCACGGUGGUGGAUGCGCCGGUGUCUUCACCGGAGGAGGCGCCCGAGGAGAGCGGCGGCGUGGACGACAUACUGGGCAAGUUGGACAUCGAAGUAACACCCACUUAUAUCCUCUUCGGUGGUGGCGCUUUGCUUGCUCUGUUGAUCCUAUCGAAAAUUGUUUCUGCAAUUGAUUCUGUUCCCCUGCUCCCCAAAGUGCUGGAACUCAUAGGAACUGGCUACUCAGUCUGGUUCACCGCAAAGUACCUCCUCUUCAAGGAAAGCAGAGAUGAAUUGUUUGCGAAAUUUGAAGAUCUCAAAGAUAGGAUCAUUUAAGCAGGGGAUGAAUGGUGCUUUAGCAUAUGUUUAGGCUUUACAGCCAGCUCGUAAUUUUAGGCCUUCUUUUCUUUUCAACUAUUACUGAAAAAAAGAAAGAAAAAAGUUGUGUUGUAAGCCGUUUUCUCUCAUCAACUGUAACCACAAAUCUUAAGUUUUCCUAGUAGUGUGCUUGCUCAAA